AUGUUUUUCUUUUUUUUUUUUUUUAAACUGAGGAUAAUUUAUACACAUGCUAAUCGUAACCAAAGACAGAAAAUAAUUAUAGAAGACAACAGAAAGAGCAGAGUAUUUGUAAAGCGGUUGGUGCUACAAAAACAGAGGUUUCAAAAGGCAGUUUUGAAAGAAACAUGUUAUAGCAAACAUGUAUUUUAUUUUAAAAGAUGAUACCUGGUACUAAAUUAGGAUAAAGGUCUCAGUUGCCUUACUAUCAGAAAAUAUGUUAUACUUGCACUUCCUGGGUCAUUUCACCCCAGCAGUGUCUUCUGGGUCAAAUCAUGUUACUGGCUGAAAGCAUAUCAGUCAAUAGGGAAGCAGCUGGUUGGUUAAAGACAAGUAAGAAGCCAUUAAAGGGAUGGGGACAAUUUCACACUCCAGGUGAAAUAACCAAGGAAGUGCAACACUAUCUGAAAGCAUGUUUUUUUUUUAUUUAACUGGGUGUAGUACCAGAUAUCAUGCGACCUAUUCAAGUAAUGAACUACAGUACACCUCAGCUUGAAGAAUGGAUUUAAGGCAGUUUUUGCAGUUGGUGCUGUUUGCAUUGCUGCCCUGUGUGGCUGUGGCACAAGCUGAACCACCUCCUGUAGAAAAUGCACAUCUCCUCUCUCCAGAAGAAUACAAACUGGUUUUGAAUUUGGAACUAAAAGAUUAUCCAAGUGACUGCUACGAGGCCUUGCAGCGCUCUGAAGGUAUCUCCCGGGAUGGUCUCUACGUGAUCAAGCCAAUGAAAUCCCACAUCGUGGUGUUCUGUGACAUGCUGAACGGCGGCUGGACUGUGAUCCAGCACAUCACCGUCAACAGCAGCGUGGACUUCGACAGGACCUGGCACGAAUACAAGCUGGGCUUCGGGGCGGUGAGCGGAGACCACUGGCUUGGGAACGAGUACCUGUACCAAAUAACCAACAAGGGCGGGAGAUACAAACUGGGAAUCAAACUGGUUGACAUGGACGCUGGAACCAAGGCUGGGGAGUAUGAUCCUUUCUGCGUGGAAGGAGAGGAAACUCAGUAUAAGAUCCGCUUGGGUCUGUAUGAGGGGGCUGCAGUGGAUGCUUUGACGCAGGAUACAGAGGCGUAUCUCCAUGACAACCAGAAGUUCACCACCAAAGACAGAGACAACGAUAACUACUACCAGAACUGUGCCCAGCUGGAGUAUCUCGGAGUGCCAGGGGGCGGCUGGUGGUACGACGCCUGUGCCGGCGCCAACCUCAAUCGUAGGAAUGUAAUUUACUGGCAGAAAGACUGCAACAAGGAACACCUCUGCAAGUACGCCUGGAUGAUGGUGAAGCCCACUGAGCACGUGAAGACAACCAAGGCUGGAAACUGUCGUCGUGAUGAGUUGUGACGCGAACUAAAACUGAAUAUUUAACUUGUUAAUGAAUCCCUUGUGAAAGCUUACCACAGUAUAUUUGCACUGUAUUUUUAAAAAUAUUUCCAAUGCUUUUUCCAUGGUUACACUAUGCAAUUACCAUAGUUUAAAAUUAUUUGCCAUGUUUUUUUAAAUUUGCUUUACCAUACCUCUCUGUGCUUUGCACUGCUUACCUAUGCGUUACCACGCUUUCACUGUGCUUUAUCACACCUUUUACUACGGUAAACUUUAAUAAGGAAUGAUCGGCUCAAGGGGACACAUUUGUAGAUUGGGUCUUUGUUGCCCGGGGUACAUUUCGAAAUAUCAAAGUAUACCCUGGUUUAGACAAAGCUAUUGUUUUGGUACCUCGGCCUGUUACAAAUGUCUCGUACCUUGUUGCAAGUCAUUUAUAGCAUCCCUUUGUUGCAUUGACAUUUGUCAGACUUAGCGUAGCGGAGGUGCCAUAGCGAGAGAAAACGUGCACGCGAGAUCAGUUUUACUUCUUUAAAUAUUUUUAGAUUUAUCAAUGAUUUGUGUGUCAAUAUGGGCGAUAAUGAUAAGACCUUGUGAUGAUGUUGCUACAGUAAAUGCUGGAGAUGGUGAUCUUGAAUUGUUUAUCUUGUCUACGGUGACGUAUUCUUCUGCCUUAAUCUCCCUCCCCUUUCUCAUCAUAUCAGCCGCUGCACAUGUCCGUCUCAUACGAUAACCACACAGUUCGCCCUGAGCCACACCAGGUUGAUUGCAGGUGGCCAUGUUGGGAAUGCGCGUGCCAUGUCUGAACGGAAAUGAACGGUUUGCAGCAAAUGCUACUUCUCGUGAAAUUUGAAAAGCAGUUUGUAACACGCCGAGGUACCAAAAUGACAGCUUAGUCUAAACCAGGGUACACCGGAUUCUCCAGUCGACAAAGACCCAAUCUGACACACAUUGUGUAAUAAUUACAUAGUAAUUUUAUAUCUUUAUUGUCCUUUUAUAGUUGCAUUUAGCUCAGUGUGUUAAUGUAACUGAAAUCUGAUCUUGCUUAUCAUAUGUGUUUUUCACCAGGAGCGACAAAACUAAAAUAAUAACCUAGUAAUUACAUUCAUUACAUUCCUUUUACUAAAUAAUUACUCAUUUGUAAUACUGUAUGUAGCCUAUUACUGAAACUGUAACCAUUUUUGUUUUUUACAAUUUUUACUACCAGUAUUGGAUUACUAUAGUUCUUGGAGUCUGCAAAGCAAAUUAAACCUUUGAUUUUG